CGAGGGCUAGGCAGGAAGUGACGCACGCAGGAGUUAUUCGUAAUUUUUGUUGCCUUCUGUUUAGGAGGGCUUUUUGUUUUGUUUUUUGUUUUUUAUUAUGUAUAAAACUUUGGCUCUACCACAUGUGCUGUUUGUGGAACAGGGCGGAAACAUGUUACUUAUCUCCCUAAAAGAGAUAUGAACGUUUGGCUUCUUUCUGACACUUCUUUUUGUUUAAAUUGUGUGUGCUAAUUAUUCAAACCACUCACGUUUGCAAGUAUGCAAAAGUGCAUGUAUCAUUGGAGCUAGCAGAUUUUAACGUUUUCAAGAUUUGGAGUGUUUGGAGUGUAAAUUGAAGUAGUACCUUAUAAACCUCCAUCAAUAGUUCUAUUGAAACUUUGCAGCUGUUUUCAUCAACAUUCUCCAGGGGUGAUGUUACUGAAAGCACGAGACAACAGUUUUUCACAGGCUCCUGAAAAUGUGUUGUUUAAAUCCAUUUUGUAUUUUUUCUUGAGUUCUCAACAACUUUUUGGCAGUGUUUGCUAAUCUGUGCAUUGCGUCACCAUGGUAACUGCUGAACAUUCUACCAUAGAGAUAUAUGUAGAACAGCCCCAGUGUGAUGUCACUGCAAAGUAUCAAUUGUAUCAUUCUAGAAGAUUUUGCCCCCCAAAAAGUACUGAGUAACCGUGACCAGCAGGGGGUGUAGUUUUUCUUGAGCUUGACGUAGAGUCGUGCAAAAAUGGCGGAGCGAGACGGUGCAAGCUGUUGUAACGAUUCAUCUGCUCACAUUUGAGACACAAAAGCAGGACUGGGGUUCUCGAGGGCAUACUUAAAAAGACAAUUAUACAUGGACGAAUCAAGAUCAUUCUGCGUAGUUUGAUUAUAAUUUUCUUUUUUAUUUAUUUUUAUACUACAAAGCUAGUCUAGAGGAGCUACAAAAACAAGUCGGACAUGAAUAGGGAAGGUGUUUGUAAUAUCCAUUCCAUGACAGUGAUAAGCCCCACUAAGACAUUAUUAGUUCAUGAUGAAAAAAAGAUCAAUAAGGACAUACAGUUUUCACUACACUCCCAGGAAAUUAAAGAGAGUAGAAGACCAAAACCUUUUACCAUGGCAGCAAAAGACUUGAGCUCAGACCUGACAGAAAGCAGCAAUUGUUCAGCACAGCGGCAACAAGAUGUGUUGAGUUACCCUCCCUCUUCAGCUGUAACAGCCUUGUCUCACAGUCUUUUUUAUACCAACAACAACAACAACAAUAAUAUAACCCCUCAGGGCAAACAUCAGAAACGAAGAGUUUACAACAAAGAAAGAAGAUCAGCACUUAAAAGUGCACCCAGGAAGAAUUCACAGAACCGAAAGGUUACGGACUACUAUCCAAUAAGAAGAAGUUCGAGAAAAAGUAAAGCAGAGCUCCAGUGUGAACAUAAAAAACACAUCGAUGAACUCAUCAUAAAUGGAAUAGAGCAAGGAAUGGAGGUGCAACAAAUUGAAGGAAAGGGCCGUGCAGUAUUUGCAACUAGAAGUUUCCUGAAAGGCGAAUAUGUGGUUGAGUACCAUGGUGACUUGUUGCAAAUAACUGAUGCCAAGAAGAGGGAGGCGGAGUAUGCGCAAAAUCCAGCUACUGGCUGCUACAUGUAUUACUUCCAGUACUUAUGCAAGACAUACUGCGUGGAUGCCACAAAAGAGACUGGUCGGAUGGGUAGGUUGAUAAAUCACAGUAAAAGUGGAAACUGCCAAACUAAACUCCAUGACAUCAAUGGUGUUCCUCAUCUCAUUCUUGUUGCCUCACGAAACAUUGACGAAGGGGAGGAGUUGCUCUAUGACUACGGAGACCGCAGUAAAGCCUCAAUAGCAGCACAUCCAUGGCUAAAAGAGUGAUAGUCUUAUCAAAGAAAGGGAAAAUGUCAGUAAAGCUUCUCUUUUGCUAAAUGCCUUAGAAACAGAAUGUACUUUUUGUUUCAGUUGCUAGGAAAAGGUCUAGUAUGUGUUAUAGUAAUAGAAUUGGUGACAUGGUAUUAGGGUCAUUUCACUUGAAGUAUUUUUAUUUAUGUAUACAGAAAGUCUUGUUUUGCAGCGUUUUUGUACUUUUGUAUUACACACCGGGCAGUGCUACAACAGCAUGCAGGUAGUUGCACUUUUAUACAGCUUUUUCUUAAAUUUAAGUCAGUAACAGCAAUACAUAUAGUGUCAUACGAUUACCCAAAAGCUGAAAUUAUCGACCUAAUGGCCUUUUACAAAACUAUGGCAUCAGUUAAAAAAUAAAUGGCACUGCCUUUGUCUAUUGCCCGUAGCUGUUCUCCAAACACAUUGUUUUGCUGUUCACUUUUCUAAACUAUAAACAACUAACAGUGAACAGAAUGAAAAGAACAAUCUUAAAGUCAUUAACCAUCUGUUUUUAUACAUUGUAUUUUUUAACUUAAGGUCAAACCAGUAAAGUUUUUACAUUAUUUAUUGCCAGUCACUUUUUCAGUCAGCGUAAAUGUAUUUAUACAUACAAUGAUUUAUUUCAAGUUACCAGAUCAAUUGAAUGGACACUAUUAUUGGUUUAAAGUUAUCAAAAUUAAGAUCAAAUGUAACAUUAUGCAGUCAGUGUUAUAAUAAACACUGUCUUGGGGCAAAUCAUUUCCCAAUAGAAGGAACAUGAUUUAUGUUUAAAUUUAACAAAUAUCUUUGUCAGUUACAUGUAAAUAUUUGCACACAUUUAAUUUUAUUUCAUGCACAAAAUAUGGUGAAUUGUUCCACUCAAAAUUAACAUGCUUUUAACUCACAAGCAUUUCACUGAAACGUGACUUUAUCUGUGGGGAUUUACUAAAAUGGAAAUUAGUAGAUCUUUUAGGAAUCGGACAGGUAUUGUUUUAGGCAUUUACUUUUAAUUGAACAUGCCAUUAUGCCUUUUACCUAGUUAAUGUAUACCAUGUUUGUUUCAGUAUGACUUGUAUUUUCCCUCAUCUCUAACAUUUCAUAGAACUACAGCUAUUUGAUGCAGGUUAAAUUCAAUAUUUAAUUACAGUGAGUGCAUUAUAAAUAAUUACUCAAAAGUACUUUUUGUUAAAAAAAAAAUAUAUAUAUAUAAAUAAUUAAACUGAUUUGUAUAUUUUUAGUGCAGUAUAUUACAAUCAGUUGAUUUUCUCAAUACUAUUUAUCUUUUUAAAAAAUGUUUUUGAGUAGCAAUCUUACACAGAUGUGUUACACUGACCUUGAGCCUUUUGACUAAUAUGUUUUUUCUGUUUUCUGUUUUUAAUAAUGUGGGUACCAAGAGUCCAUGAUAUUUAUGAACUGAUCUGAUGAUGACUCAACAAGUACAAAAUCUUUAUCACUUCCACAAUUUCCUUAUGAACAAUCAAUGCAAUAAUCUGUAGAUGCAAAGUUGACCUAGCCAUUUUUGGAUCUGUUGUUGUAGCGUAUUAUAAAUCAUAAUGCUGGCAUUGAAUAAAUGUGUAUUAUGCAAGUA